AUGUCUCAUCACUCCCCUCAAUCAUCCUCUGCCAAUGGCCCCCCCUCUUCACCCUUCGGCGGCACCAACCCUACUGUGUAUUCGCCAGAGGCUGACCGCAAGCCGCAUCACCGUCGUCAGCUUACCGCCAUCGCUCCUGGUCAACAGGUUCCCAAGAACAUCCUUCCUCAAGCUCGGAUCUAUAUCGAGGGUGCCUUUGUCGACGAGUUCCUGCAGGGUGAUCCCGCCUACGUCUCUCGAUACCAUCAUGUCCAAGGCGGAGCCGACAUUGAUCAUCUUCAGUUUCUGGUUCAGUCUCAGAUGAGGCGUUAUGCUUGCUUCCUCCACGCUGUUCCCUUCAAACAUGAGCACUCUUCGACAAUGUAUGUUCGUUACGACACCGUCUCCGAUGCUGCCGAAGGCAAAGACAUUCUCCUCCAGGCCGGCCUCUUCGUCAACUACGUCUCGAUUGUCGACUUCGCCAAUGCCCAGGGCAAGGACACGGGCAAAGUCAAGGAGUGCGAAGGCCAAAUCACCUUGUCAGUGUCGAUUGAACCAAACCCCGAUCAUGCCAUCUGGGAGUUUACCUCCGAGGACCUCGACAGCGUUACCAAGAACACUGAGACCAUCGCAAAGGUCUUCGGUCCAGUUCGCAACGUCGUCCACGUCGACACCCUCAAUGACAAGAUGCAUCUUGUGUUUCGGAUCGAGUUCGACUCUGUCGACGCUGCACACCGAGCAAUCCAGUCUUUGCGUAAAGAUCCGGUCUACGGUCUGAACGCUGAUGAGUCCUUCUACUGGACCACUGACGAUGUUGGCGGUUGGCUUGGCGAGCGUCUGCUGAGCCCUCCUCGAUACCUCCCACGCAUCGACAGCCAGGGCCAGUUCUUCCCAGGAACUAAUACUUCACCCACCCGCCGCUCUUGGUCCAACCCCUACAACCAGGUGGCGCACCGGUCCAGCCAUCAUCCGCAUGAUCAGCACAACCGUGUUCGCCGUGAGCGCAUCCUCGAUGGCAGCGACGUCCGCACUACGGUGAUGCUUCGCAACAUUCCGAACACGCUCGACUGGAUGGCCCUCAAGAACAUCAUCGACAUCGCCUGCUUCGGCACGUACGACUUUAUCUAUUUACGGAUUGAUUUCAACUCCGGCUGCAACGUGGGCUAUGCCUUCAUCAACUUUACCGACGCGAACGGCAUGUUGAUGCUCAUCGACCGCAUCGAGCGUCGUUUCUGGCCAGGAUUCAAGUCUGACAAGGCUGCCGAAAUCUCGUAUGCGACCAUCCAAGGCCGCGAGGCUCUUGUUCAGAAGUUCCGGAACUCCUCGGUGAUGCAGGAGACCCCGUUCUGCCGCCCUCGUCUCAUCAUCACCUACACCGCGGCAGAGCAGAUGGAUCAGAUUCGCCUUACUGGCACUGAGGAGCCCUUUCCUCGUCCUGACAACAUCUCGAAGUUGCAGCGCUCGAUGGACUCUGCGCGUUCCACUGGUCUUUACCCUCCUCGCGGCUACUCUUCCGGCACCGAAUACCGCAACCGCUCGAGCGCUUACGACCGUGGCAGCCCCCGCGACAUGAUCCAGGCCGCUAUGCAUUUUGCGCACCAGCACGCUGCUCCUGUCCAGUUUGCUGGCUUGACAGAGGAUCAGAAGCGCGACAUUGAGGCCUGGUACCUGAACACCUUCGGCGGCGGUCAGCGUGGUGCUAUCGGCUUCGACUUCAUCCCGAUGACCCAUAUCACUCAGUACUUUCACGAUCAUCCAGGUUCUGUCGGCAAGGUCGCUGGUGCUCCUUCUCAUCUUGGUCGCAUCAUGAGCCCUUGGCGCCCGGUUGCUCUUCAGCACCUCUCCACGAUGGGCCAGCAAGUUCCUCGCCACCACUUUGGCCGCGCCUGGUAA